AUGGCUGCCGCUACAACUCUCCUCCAAGGAGGCACCGUUCUCUACCACGGCAGAAAUGACCACGUCGAGGUGCUCCGCAACACCGACAUUCUCAUCCAGGCCAACAAGAUCGUCAAGAUCGGACAGAAAUUGUCUGCUCCCUCGGGCGCGGCGAUUACCGACUGUCGCGGCAAGAUUAUCAGUCCUGGCUUCAUCGACACGCAUCAUCACCUGUGGCAGACGCAGUUGAAGGGUCGACACGCCGAACAGUCGGUGUUUGAUUAUAUUCCCAGUGGAUUCUGGCAGAGCUACGUGUACAGCCCGCAAGACAUCUUUUGGGGCCAGCUCGGCGGUGCGCUGGAAUCCAUCGACGCGGGGACAACGUUUGUGCUCGACCACGCGCACGGGUGUCAAACCAGAGAACACGUCAGCAAAGCUCUAGCAGCAACAUGUGCAUCUGGCAUCCGCUCCAUCUUCGCCUACGGUCACGCACCGUAUUUCACCAAAUGGGACAAAGACACGUGCGAGCCGUCCAUGGACAUCAUGCCCAAAUCCACCAUGGACCAUCUCUUCGAACUCGCGGCGAAACAGCCCUUUGGCCACGGCCGCGUGACGCUCGGGUUCGCGUUUGACUAUUAUUUCCUGCCGCAGCAGGCCGUGACGGGCAUCUUUGAAGCGUUGAGAAACGCGGGCGUCAAAAACUUCACCAGUCAUUAUGCCAAGAAUGCUACCUUUGUGACGAAGAAGACCAACUUCCUUACAAUGCUCAUGGCGAACCAAAGACUAACUCGUUUACCUCAUUCUCCGUCGGACAUUCUCCUCUCCCACGCCACGGGACUCACGGCCCAAGAAACCGAUCUACUCGUCACAUCGCAAGUACCCGUGUCCUCGACGCCCGAGACCGAGUCCCAGAUGGGGUUCGGCUGGCCCAUCGCGUUCCAUCCCGGCGUCAACUUCAGCUUCGGCGUCGACUGCCACACCAACAACACGUCGUCGAUCCUCGGACUCGCCCGCUCGGCGCUGCAGAUGGCGCGACAGCAGAGUAACCUGCCCAACGUCGAGCAGGGGGCCAUGGCACUGACGCUGCGCGGCAGCGCCGAGGAGGCGUUCAACGCGGCGACGAUCCGGGCCGCGCGCGCCGUGCAGCUGGGCGACAAGAUCGGGUCCCUCGCCGAGGGCAAGCUGGCGGACCUGGUCGUCUUCGACACGCUGCACAGCACGGGGAUGAGCUGCGUGGCGGACUCGGACCCGCUCACCGCGGUGGUCCGGCACAGCGACGUCCGCGACGUCGAGGCCGUCAUGAUCGACGGCGUGUGGCGCAAGAAGGACGGCAAGCUCCGCCCCGUCGCCGUCGAGGGCACCAACGAAACCCUCGAGUGGUCGCACGUCCGGACCAAGCUGAGAGACAGCGCGGGCCAGAUCGCCGAGAAGCAAAAGGGGCUGAAUAUGGACAAGGCCAAGGAGGCCUUGAUCGCCAUGUUUCGCAUUGAUCGGUCGAAACUUGUCAAAGACGCGUAG